UCAGGAUCUUAUAUUGGGCUCUUUCCCUUAUGAACAAAAUAGGAAAAACUGCUGCAGUAGAGGUGGUGUGGCACAACGUGUGUCAUGUUAAUGUGUGGGGCUCCACCUAUUUCUAGUGCUGUAGUACUUAGACAUCCUGGUAGCAAGUACAGCAUGAGAAAUCAGAAUUCAUUCUGUGACUUUCUUUUGUCAGUGCUCCAGCAGCCACAUGCGUAGCCCUGUGCACCUGGGCCACGUACCUGCAUUUGGUGAAUCACACAGAUGGGCAGCUCUGGGACAGACCCAGUGCUCAGACCUGUGGCACCUACACUGGUGCUUAGUUUGUCCUUCAUGGUAAAGCCGUGGACCAGCUCCUGGAUUCCAGGAUGAUGUGAGCCUUAUGCAUCACCUUGUUGGGUAUGGGAUUGUUCUGUUCAUUUGUUCUUCUAUAGCUGAUAUAAAUCCAUCUACAUCUGAUGCUGAAGGGAAGCUGGCUGUACACCUAUUGGUGCUGUCCCCAGCUGCUCGUGGAAGUCAGUGCUGCUUCGUUUGGGUUUUGCCGCUGUGUCUCCGAAGAGUGAGAGCUGUCUCAGCCCCCGGUGGGCUCCGGAUCUGCCCUAAUAAAGAAAAAGCUCUCCUGUUUGGCUGCAGAAGAGAUGACCUGGAGAAUCAAAUCCUGCAGUGUGCUAACCUGUGCCAUUCUGGGAAUUAUGGGAUUUCUCCUCACAUGUGGUGCAGCACCUGUGAGGAUACAGCUGCCCUGAGGUCAGCCUGACUCUGCUGUGAGGACACAGGAGUGAAAUGGAGGUGUGAAAUACCCACACUCUGGAUGGACUCUGGAAUGAGGUGUGCUCUGCAUGCAUAGACUGGUACUGGCAGCCUGGUGUUCUGCAGCACUGGGAUGCACACUAGCCAUUCAGCUAUUCAGCUCCCACUUGGAUGCAGCCUCUGCCUGGACAUAUCCAGAGCCAACUCUGUGAGCCUGAGACUUCAGCUGAAUGGUGUUCUGCUCCUCCUGCCUUAGCUCAACAUCACAAGGCAGUGCUUCCAAAGUCAUUUGUCGUUUGAGCUGUGCUGUGUGACAGAUGCAGGAGCUGUAAUCCAGGAUGAAUGAAUGUUACUAUGAUAAGAGCAUGGACUUCUUUUAUAAUAGGACAAACACUCACACAGCAGAUGAGUGGACAGGGCCACCGCUUAUUGGUGUUCUGUGUUUUGGGACAUUUUUUUGUCUCUUUAUUUUCAUUUCAAAUUCACUAGUCAUAGCAGCUGUGGUCAAGAACAAGAGGUUUCAUUUUCCAUUUUACUAUCUGUUGGCCAAUUUAGCUGCUGCGGACUUUUUUGCUGGGAUUGCUUAUGUCUUCUUGAUGUUCCACACUGGCCCUGUGUCUAAGACAUUAACUGUUAACCGCUGGUUUCUGCGUCAGGGUCUUCUGGACACGAGCCUGACGGCUUCCCUGGUGAAUCUCCUCGUCAUAGCGGUUGAGCGGCACAUGUCGAUCAUGCGGAUGAAGAUCCACAGUAAUCUCACGAAGAAGAGAGUCACCUUCUUAAUUAUAUCUAUUUGGGCCAUUGCCAUUUUCAUGGGUGCUGUUCCUACCUUGGGUUGGAACUGCCUCUGUGACAUUUCUGCCUGCUCUUCCCUGGCACCUAUUUACAGUAGAAGUUACUUGGUGUUCUGGAGUGUCCUAAACCUUGUUGUUUUCUUCAUUAUGGUGGUGGUUUACAUAAGAAUCUACAUGUAUGUCCAGCGGAAAACUAAUGUCUUGUCAUCGCACACUAGUGGAUCUAUUAGCCGCAGGAGGACCCCUGUGAAGCUUAUGAAGACCGUCAUGACUCUUUUAGGUGCAUUUGUUGUCUGCUGGACUCCUGGCCUGGUUGUCUUGCUGCUCGAUGGCCUGAACUGCACCAACUGUGGGGUUCAGAAUGUGAAAAGAUGGUUUCUUCUUCUGGCCCUGCUGAACUCUGUUAUGAAUCCAGUAAUUUAUUCCUACAAAGAUGAUGAGAUGUGGGGUACCAUGAAAAGAAUGCUUUGCUGUUCCUCUGAUGAUAGGAAUCAGGAGAGACGCUCAUCACGAAUUCCCUCAACUGUGCUUGGCAGGAGCACGGACACCACAGGGCAAUAUAUUGAAGAUGGCAUUAUUCAAGGGACAAUUUGUGGAAAAGGAGAUCUUGGUGAAAAGGGCAACUCCUGAGUGAUUCAAGAGACUGACUUGGCUGAGAACCGGAGGGGGAAGGGAGAAGUUUUGUAAGAGCAGAUUGACUGACAAAGCUAGUAAACAAUAUAUCCACUUUGUUCCAGAGCCUCAACUCCAGUGUUAACAAAAGUUCUUAUAAAUAAUUGCCUGAUAGGGGAAAAAA